AUGGCUUUGCUGUGUGGCCUUGGGAGCGGCGGCAUGGAGGCUCUCACCACUCAGCUGGGGCCGGGGCGCGAGGGCAACUCCUCGCCCAACUCCAAGCAGGAGCUGCAGCCCUACUCGGGCUCCAGCGCUCUCAAACCCAACCAGGUGGGCGAGACGUCGCUGUACGGGGUGCCUAUCGUGUCUCUGGUCAUCGACAGUCAGGAGCGCCUAUGCCUGGCGCAGAUCUCCAACACCCUCCUCAAGAACUACAGCUACAAUGAGAUCCACAACCGCCGCGUGGCCCUGGGCAUCACGUGCGUGCAGUGCACACCGGUGCAACUGGAGAUUCUGCGUCGGGCCGGGGCCAUGCCCAUCUCGUCGCGCCGCUGCGGCAUGAUCACCAAGCGCGAGGCCGAACGUCUUUGCAAGUCGUUCCUGGGCGAGCACAAGCCACCCAAGCUGCCCGAGAACUUCGCCUUCGAUGUGGUGCACGAGUGCGCCUGGGGCUCGCGUGGCAGCUUCAUCCCCGCGCGUUACAACAGCUCGCGCGCCAAGUGUAUCAAGUGCGGUUACUGCAGCAUGUACUUCUCGCCCAACAAGUUCAUCUUCCACUCGCACCGCACACCGGACGCCAAGUACACGCAGCCCGACGCAGCCAACUUUAACUCGUGGCGCCGACACCUCAAACUCAGUGACAAGUCGGCCACAGACGAACUGAGCCACGCUUGGGAGGACGUCAAGGCCAUGUUCAAUGGUGGCACUCGCAAGCGGACUUUCUCGCUGCAAGGAGGCGGCGGCGCUAAUGGCGGGUCGGGUGGGCAGGGGAAGGGUGGUGCUGGUGGUGGCGGCGGGGGCGGCCCGGGGUGCGGCGCGGAGAUGGCCCCAGGGCCGCCGCCCCACAAAAGCCUGCGCUGUGGCGAAGAAGAGGCCGCCGGGCCUCCCGGGCCGCCUCCUCCUCACGCGCAGCGGGGACUUGGUCUGGCGGCGGGAGCUGGCGGCCCCCCGGGCCCUGGGGGGCCUGGUGGCGGCGCCGGCGUACGCAGCUACCCGGUGAUCCCAGUGCCCAGCAAGGGCUUUGGCCUCUUGCAGAAGCUGCCCCCGCCGCUUUUCCCUCAUCCCUACGGUUUUCCCACGGCCUUCGGCCUCUGCCCCAAAAAGGACGACCCCGUGCUAGGCGCGGGCGAACCCAAGGGCGGCCCAGGCACCGGGAGCGGCGGGGGCGCGGGCACUGGCGCAGGCGCGGGCGGCCCAGGAACCGGCCACUUGCCCCCCGGUGCGGGGGCUGGCCCGGGCGGCGGCGCCAUGUUCUGGGGUCACCAGCCCCCCGGAGCAGCCAAGGACGCAGCGGCCGUGGCUGCGGCGGCUGCCGCAGCCACUGUGUACCCGACGUUUCCCAUGUUCUGGCCGGCGGCAGGCAGUCUCCCAGUGCCGCCCUAUCCAGCCGGCCCCGAGCCCCUGGACGGUGCUGAGCCGAACAAGGAGGGCGGCCUGGUCGCAGAGGAGCGCUGCCCCAGCGCGCUGUCCCGCGGGCCGCUGGACGAGGAGGGCGCCGACGAGGCGCUGCCGCCCCCGCUGGCUCCGCUGCCCCCGCCGCCCGCACGCAAAGGCUCCUACGUGUCGGCCUUCCGGCCUGUGGUCAAAGACGCGGAGAGCAUCGCCAAGCUCUAUGGUAGCGCCCGCGACGUGUACGGCGGCGGGCCAGCCCGUGGGCCCGGGCCAGGCGCAGGGUCCGGCGGCGGCUACGUGAGCCCGGACUUUCUGAGCGAGGGCAGCUCCAGCUACCACUCCGCCUCCCCCGAUGUGGACACUGCGGAUGAGCCCGAGGUGGACGUGGAGUCCAACCGCUUCCCCGACGACGAGGGAGCCCCGGACGAGGCCGAGCCCGGCGCACCCGGCGCGCCCAGCACAGGAGACGGCCCUGAUGGCGACCAGCAGGCAGGGCCCCUGUCUACCACCUCAUCGGGCGCCGACGGCCCCACAGACUCUCCCGACGGCGGCAGCCCUCGUCCCCGGCGACCCCCGGGUCUACCCCCAGCCAGUCGGUCUGCGUUUGGGGACCUGGCAGCCGACGACAUGGUGCGGAGACCGGAGAGGAGCCCGCCAAGCGGCGGCUAUGAGCUGCGAGAGUCUUGCGGACCGCUCGGGGGGCCCGCGCCGGCCAAGGUGUACGCGCCCGAGCUGGAGGAGCACCUGAAGAGCGCGGCGGCGGCGCUGGGGCCCGCGGCCUCCUACCUCUGCACCCCCGAGGCCCACGAGCCAGAUAAGGAAGACAAUCACUCGACUGCCGACGAUUUGGAAACAAGGAAAUCCUAUCCAGACCAAAGGAGUAUCUCCCAGCCAAGUCCCGCAAAUACAGACAGAGGCGAAGAUGGGCUAACCCUAGAUGUCACGGGAACUCAACUAGUGGAGAAGGGUAUCGAGAACCUGGCCAGAGACGAAUUGCAAAAACUGCUCCUGGAGCAAAUGGAGCUCCGCAAGAAGCUGGAGCGAGAAUUUCAGAGUCUCAAAGAUAAUUUCCAGGAUCAAAUGAAGAGGGAAUUGGCUUAUCGAGAAGAAAUGGUGCAACAGCUGCAAAUUGUCAGAGAUACUCUGUGUAACGAACUUGACCAAGAGAGGAAGGCGCGCUAUGCCAUCCAGCAGAAAUUAAAAGAAGCCCACGACGCCCUGCACCACUUCUCCUGCAAGAUGCUGACGCCCCGGCACUGCACUGGCAACUGCUCCUUCAAGCCCCCGCUGUUGCCCUAG